AUGGCUUAUAUAAAUCGUAAUAUUGACAACGCAAGUCAGUUAAAGUUCUGGCCAGGGAUUGUUUUCUCCUCUCCGCUCGAGCAAUAUGUCAAGGACUUGGCUGACGUCCACGGAGUUCAUCCAGAUUCUCUUGCCAUUAUUCUGAUUAAUUGUGUCGCAGCAACGUUGGAGUUUUCGUAUGUUCUUCGUGCGAACCGUAGCGACAACAUGAUUUCCACAAAUUUAUUUAAUCUAAUCGUGGCACGUUCGUCUUAUGGAAAAUCUGAAUUAACAAAAAUUCUACGAAAUAUGUUGAAGGUGGUAGUUGCACAUCGACAGAAUAAAUUUCGAAAAGCUGAUCAGAUUGUAACAGGCCAGAACGUCAAUGCCACCUUGGAUGAAACGUCUAAAGCGGGCUUAUUAGCUGCUCUUGAUGACUGCUGUCGAACAAUUGUUUGCGACGAAGCCGAUCUGACGUUUGCAGACAUCGGUUUAUUUUAUUUAAUAAACAUUGGCCGAGCUCAACCGGAUAUGAACUGCCGAACCCUUGUUUUAACACUGUUCGACCAAACCACCGAGGCAUAUGUACGACAGUUACAAGGCAAAACAAUUUCAGUAAAUCGUUCCAAAUUAAAUAUUCUAGUACGUUUACAUCGAUGACGAUAACAGGAACAUUGAUUCUCUUCAUUAUAGGGCUGUUCUACUGGAGAACUGGUUUCCAAC